UAUUUAGAGCGAGCAAGCGCGAGCCCGACGCUGACUUUGGUUGAUUUCACGGCCACAGGUGUCGCUGUUAAGAAGCAUUUCUGAAAGUUACAAAUAGUCCCUUUAAGUGGUCUUCACUUUUCUCCGACAGUCCCUGAAGGCAGCACCCGCUCAACAAAAACAUCACUACCCAGAAUCCUCUCCCGCCUGUUGGCGCAUGCGCAGUCCGCUCUCCGGCCCAGAAGGCGUUGGUUGGUUGGCGGUUGGUGUUCCGUCCGAGGAUGCGUCGCACUCCGGCAGCAUCAGUACCAGCUCACUAAAACACACUAACCGGGUUCACGGAGCACAAAUACCGGCGGUGUUAACUAACGGCUCUAGCGGCGCCGGAGCUUCGGUUGGGAGCGGCAGGAUGGGGGACCAGAAGGACUCUCUGCGUAAGAUCACCCACACGCUGGCCAUGAAGAAUGAGGAGAUUUCAAACUUCGUCUGCGCUCUCAAACAGAGCCUCGACAAUUUAGAGGCGAACUCAGGCAGAGUCCAGGAGGACCUGGAGUCUGAGUUCACCUCCCUCCACUCUGUUCUGGACGAGAUGAAGGAAAAGAUGGUGACGCGCAUCAAACAGGAGAGAGCCAGCCGCACAUAUGAACUACAGAGUCAGCUGAGUGCCGGCUCCAAAGCCCUGGAGAGUUCAGAGGAGCUGCUGGAGCUGGCCAAUCAGACGCUCUGCUCCUCUGAGACGGACGGUUUCAAUCAGGCGGCCAAAGACAUUAAGGAUAGUGUGACAAUGGCUCCAGCCUUUCGCCUCUCCCUAAAGGCUAAAGCCGGUGACAUCAUGAGUCACUUGAUGGUGGAUUUCAGCCAGGAGAGGGAGAUGUUGCAGGGCCUCAAGUUUCUCCCAGUCCCCGCCACUCCUGAGAUCCAGCUCUCAGAGUGCCAGGUGUGCGACAACACAGUGAAUGUAGUUUGGACCUUACCGGAGCCCGACAGCAAGAUAGACCACUACAUACUGGAGCAUCGACGCACGAACCACGAGGGUCCGCCGCGAAUCAGAGAGGAUUACCCCUGGAUGGUGUUGGAGGGGAUACGAGAGCAGGAGCACACACUCACCGGCCUGCGCUUUGACACCCGGUACUUGACGUUCAGAGUGAAAGCGUGUAACAAGGCCGUGGCAGGAGAGUUCUCGGAGCCGGUUACACUAGAAACCCAUGCCUUCACCUUCAAACUGGACUCUGGUUCGUCCCACCAGAACCUGAAGGUGGAGGACAUGAGUGUGGAGUGGGACAGCUGUGGAGGAAAGAUUCAGGACAUUCGCAAGGAAAAGACCCGAACCAACUCCCCGAUGCACUCUCCAGCCAGAUCAGCCCUGAUGUCACCUAAGAGAGCGCCGACAGCCCGGCCCGGCAGAGACAGAUUUACAGCAGAGUCCUACACGGUGCUGGCUGACACCAUGAUCGACGCUGGCCAGCAGUACUGGGAGGUGAAGUUCGACAAGGAGAGCAAAGCCUUCGCCGUGGGCGUCGCCCUGCGGAGCCUGGGAAAAUUCGACCAGUUGGGGAAAAGCAGCGCUUCCUGGUGCAUCCACCUGAACAACUGGCUGCAGCAGAGCCUCACAGCCAAGCACAACAACAAGGCUCGAGCACUGGACUGUGCCAUCCCAAACAGUAUAGGGGUCUACGUCAACUAUGACGAAGGUGUUCUGUCUUUCUACAACUCCAAAACUAAACAGCUGAUGCAUACAUUCAAAACCAAGUUCCAGCAUCCAGUUGUACCAGCUUUCAUGGUGUGGAACGGCAGUUUUUCAGUCGUGACGGGCCUGCAGGUUCCCAGCGUGGUGCAGAGCGGCCAGAGGAAGAACAGCGGCACCAGCAGCUCCAACGCCAGCCUCACCUAAGACGCAUCCACUCGGCCAGCUGGACACCUCCCAG